UCAGUUUAGAUCAGGAAGUAGCCAUGCCUCACAGGAAGUCCGUUUGUCAUAUCCCCAGCAUCAUGUUGGAAGUUCAAGCCCUACUUCCACAUCUCCUAGCAGGUAUGAAAGGACAGUGGAUAACAUGACUCCAUCAGCACCGAUAAUUCAAAGAUCUUUUUCUUCUUCAGAAAAUUUUCAGAGACAAGCAGUGAUGAACAGUGUUUUGAGACAGAUGUCAUAUGGAGGGAAAUUUGGUUCUCCACAUCUGGAUCAACCAGGAUUUUCCCCAUCAGUUCAGUCACAUAAUCAUACUUUUAACCAGUCUUCAACCUCCCAGUGCCGCCAAGAUACACCAUUAUCAUGGCAAAAAGUCAGACAGAAUUCUCAUCCCUACAUAGUGGAUAGACAUUAUAGCCGUGAACAGCUUUACACUGAUCACGGGUCCGACCAUCAUUACAGAGGAAACAGAGAUGAUUUCUUCUGUGAAGAGAGAAAUCACAAUGGCUAG